UAAAAUUACAUCUUCAAACGAAAAAAAUUGUACUCUACUCCAUAAAAUUAAUGGGUACAUAACACAUGCAAAACGGUGUAUUAUAAUUACUGGGGCUGUUAUUUCUUGUAGUGGUGGAAUACCUGUAAGUGAUGCAUUUCUUGUAGGGUUGUUAAUGGAGUGUUCCAUUAACUCCAUUUUAAUAGUAAAACUCAAGAGGAUUACUAUUAAAAUAGAGUCAACGUCGACUGAAAUG